AUGGCCAUGAAUGCUCAAGCCAACACCCAGGGACAAGGAGAAGGGUGUGGAUUGCAAGAGAAAGAGCUUAGGCAUGUGCUGUCGAAUUUGAAUUCCUUGAAGCAAUUAUAUGGCCUCAUUUAUGUCAAGGAAAAUGAUCCUAAAAAGAUAGGUUCCGAAAAUUUGGAUGAUAAAGCAAGAAUUUUACUGAAGAAUCUGUUGGAUUGUGCAACUGAACAAGCUUUGCAGUCUCAUUUUAAGAUUAUUUCAGGGCAGCUUGGUGCAUCCAUAGCCUCCAAGGACUUGGUGAGACAUGGUAACCAACAAACUCUUGAGAACAACGUCCAAAUUCAGGACCCGGGAAUGAGUUCCCACGCUAUCACUUCAGAUGAAGAUGAUCAGUCACAGAUUAAGCAAACAUCUCCGGCAAUCAUUGGAGGUGAUACUGGAAAACUUGAAUUUACUGCUACUCAAUCCCUAAACACAUGGAGUUGUGAUCGGAUUUGCCGGAAAUGUUACCGGCAGCGUCCAGAUUUGGCCAAAGUGAAAAAGAAUAGCUGUUACAAGCAAAGGCUAAAAGGAGCCCAUAAAAUUCGGGUCGGGUCAAAAACCGAUUGUUGCAUUGUUGUAGAUGAGGGUGACAAUGAAGCUGAGAAGCUGAUUGAUGUGUCUAAAGAACUUGCACGAGCAAUUCAGCGAAUUGAAGCUGAGAUCAAUGUGGAUCAAACCGAAAAUCCAGUUGGUUCGGCUAAUGAUACGGUUCGGGUUGGGUCAAUGAUCCGGAAGGACGUGGCCACUCAGACAACUGAGGUAGAGAGUAAGACUCAUAAGAAGAAAGGUCCGUUGCCGAGUCAGACUGGCAAUGCGGUUGGGACGAGUCGAAGAGUGAGCCAAAGUUUGCCGAGGCAGAAAAUAAGUCAAGCAAGUAGGAAGAUCAGAGAACCUGCUUUGCCUGAUCGGUUACCGAGUCAUGCUUCAAAGGCCAUUCCAGACACAAAUGAGUUGCCGAGUCGGAUGCUGAGCCGGAUCAAUAAGGGAAGAAUGGCAAGCCCUGAUCCAAGCAACGGUGGCAAGUCCAUUCAAGUGAAAAAUGAGUUACCGAGUCGAUUGAUGAGUCAGAAUGGCAAGAAACCGAUUCAAGAGAUGCUUGACUCGUCGAAUCAGAAGGCUAGGAAACCCAAAGAAGCUUAUAAUGACAGCAGUGGAAGAUCUAAACCGUCAAAAUCUCUUCUGGUUGUGGGACCCACACUUAUGAGGAACGAGUCAUUGAACCCUCAUCCGAGGAAUGGCAAGAGUAUGAUAAGGACAAGGAAUCUGUCACAUCAAAUCACGAAAAGACCAAGUUUUCGUGAUCCUACGGCAGUUAGUACAAGAUCUAGAGAUCCAUCUUACCAGGCAUGGGGUGGGACCCGUAAAGAGAGUACUCUGAAGAGUACACCUUUGCCACAUCAGCGAAAGGCCAAAGUGAUCAUAGCGCCGGAGGAUUCGGAUUCCUGCUCUACGUGGACAAGUCAAGAUACUUACUCUGAUGAAACUGAGGAUCCACCGAUCUAUCAUGAAACGGAAUCCACAUCGAGUCAAAAUUCUUACACUAGUGAGGAAUCACUGACCUAUCAACCAGGGGGAUCCACAUCAAGGCAGAUGGUGGAUCCCACUUCAAAGAGUAGAAUGUAUAUACCCCAUGAUCACAUCAGCCCGCCAGGUCAUAAGGGCAAUCCAAAGGCUAUUGGUCGGUGGAGGAAAUUAAAGGAUAAGCUUAUUAUCUUCCACCAUCAUCAUCACCAUCACCAUAAUCAUGAUGAAGAUUAUGAUAAUGGUGAUGAGAUUCAAGUAAGACGUGCAGCACCGAAUCAUGUCUGUAACCAAUCCGUUAAGAAGCACUUGCGUCAAAUCCUUCACCGUCCAAGCAAAGAAGACAAUAGAAAGUUGAUGGCUGAGAUUUACGGAGAAAGAGUGGCUGUAAGGACGCCACGUCAGCACAAACAAGGGUACUUCCAUGCCCUCAUGAGUAGGUUAUUGAGGCACGUUUGGCAGUCGAAGAAAUCUAAGGCGUCGUUGAGGGGAAUCAAACGACUGGGAAAGGUGCCCAAAUAUGGUAAGGUAGCCAAGAAGCGGCACUGGUGGCGGAAGUUUCGCAAACGUGGAGUGAAGCUGGCAAAUAGUGUGAAGCCACGUGUCAAUCUAGGGUUCAAAACAAAAAGACCCUAUUUACGAGCAGGCUAA